CGUUGGUCGCAUUACGUCACCUUUCCCGCUCAAACUGGCAUAAGACGGUGGACCUCGUCGGUGCCGAACACCGGACAGAGCAGCUACGGCGACAGUUUCACGGUGGACAGCUACACACAGAAGCAAAGCAGCUACACCUACACGAGGCAAACAGCUACACCUGCCGACACGGUGAGGGCGCGUGCACACAGCGUCCGUCACGUGCUCGAGCGGGUGAGGGCGGAAGUGGAAACUGCUGUCUUCCUGUCCCAUCCAUCCCUCCAUGAUCCCUGAAGUUAGUGUCGGAUCCAGCAGCCGCACAGACUGCGGCGAGGAGGAUGAAACUUAGUCUGGACUAAGUCUGGAUGUUUGUGCUGCUCAGAUCCUCAGUGUCCGACUGCUUUCAACAAUCAGCCCCUCAGGAGAGCAAUGAAUCCCAGUGGAGCUAGUGAAGGGCCUGGACCAGGCGGAAGACUGUCCAUGGGUACCAAGGGUGCCAAGGGUGGACAAGCUGCACAGGGUGCUCAGAGGCCCACGGUAAAGAUCACCCCAUUCCACAGCUCAUCCAUAGGCAAGAGCGAUGGAGCUCUACGUGGCAAACGACCAGCAGCAGCAGCAGCUUCUGGGAAAGUGCUGACAUCUCCUGGCAGCCUGUUUCGAGACACACCUGGUCGACUGACCUCUCCACCUGUCAGAGAGAGACUCACUGCUGGUGUUACUGGGGCUGCUGGGAGAUCAGUGGCUCACGCUGCCGGUUCAGGCUCCAUGGAGGCCACAACAGGAGCAAAAGCACAGGGGAGUCCUCUUGUUGUCAAGUCUCCAAAACCUCCUGGCAGGAAGGCACAAAGGUCAAGCCUGACAGACUCAUCAAAGUCUGGACCACCAGCUAACACGACGCCUCGUCACAACCAGAAAGACCAAGAGAGGACAGCUGCUUCCACGUCCAACAAACCUCAGUCAGCUGUGAAGAAGAGGAAGAGGAAGAUGGGAAUGUACAACCUGGUCCCCAAGAAGAAGGCCAAGGUGCUUAAACAGCAGGAGAAGAAAGAGAAGCCAGGAGUCAGUGUGGAGAAGAAGCCUGCAGAAGAUGAGAAGGCAGUGGUUCUACCAGAGACCCCACAGGCCGGAGAACCCAAAUCACAGAUGGAGGUGGAACCUGGAGAGGGCAGCCGUGUUGAAUACACAGAGCUGACUUUGGACUGUCUGGACCUGAAAGCUCAGGAGGAGCUGCUCUCACCUCCGCUGUCUGGUGUAGCAGUGGAUGCUGAGGUGACAGAAACAGACCUGGCGGAGGAGUUACCACUCUGCUGCUGUCGUAUGGAGACUCCUUACAGUGGAGGAAACUUGUCUGCACUGGAUCAGACCUGCAUGGCCAUGGAAAGCACAGAUGGAAUGCUGAGUCGCUGCCAGAGGCGAGUGAUGAAGCAGGAAAUGAUGCGACCUUCCAACACAGUCCAUCUGUUGGUUCUGUGUGAGGAUCACCGGGCCGGCAUGGUGAAGCACCAGUGCUGCCCCGGCUGUGGGCUUUUCUGCAGGACGGGCACCUUCAUGGAGUGCAGGCCGUACGGCAGCAUCUCCCACCGCUUUCACCGCGACUGCGCCUCCAUCUUGAAGGAUCUCAAGUUUUGCCCCCACUGCGGCGAGGAUGCCAGCGGGGCGAAGGAGGUCACAGUGCUGAAGGCUGAUCCAUCGCCCUCUGUACCCAAGUCAGGUCCGGGGCCGUCUCUUCCAGCUGUGCCCACUGUGGCAACGCUGCCAUCAGUACCAACCACACCCGCUGUCCCACAGAUACUCAGAGCUAAGAAGACCAGUGAGCCACAGAGGGGCAGAGAGGAGAGCCCGAGCAGGUUAAAGGGCGAGGCUGCCCACAGACCCAAAGAGUCACUGGAGAACAUCCUGAUGGCACUGGAUGAUGAGAACCUGAAACCAAAGAAAGUGAAGUAUCCCACCAGACAGCUGUACAUCUCUGCAAAACAGGGAGAGCUCCAGAAGGUCAUCCAUCUCUUAGUUGAUGGCAAGGACCCCAACUUUUUGAUGGAGGGCCAAAACAAACGCACUCCUCUUCAUGCAGCAGCCGCCGAGGGUCACCAUGAGGUCUGCCACAUGCUGGUCCAGGCUGGAGCCAACCUGGACAUGUUUGAUGAGGAGCAGAGAACGCCGCUGAUGGUGGCCUGUGAAAAUAACCAUCUGGACACGGUGAAGUACCUGCUGAGAGCCGGAGCAGCUGUCAGCCACAAGGAUAUCAUGGGUUUCACCUGUCUGCAUCUGGCAGCUAAACUGGGACAUUAUGACAUAGUCCAUCAUCUGCUCUCCAAGGCAUCCAAAUACAUCAACUGUCAGGAUGACGGGGGGUGGACCCCCAUCACCUGGGCCAUCGAGUACAAGCACAAGGAGCUGGUCCACCUGCUGCUGGCCAAAGGAGCCGACGUGAACAUCAGAGACAAGGAGGAGAACGUCUGCCUGCACUGGGCGGCUCUGUCGGGCUGCGAUGACAUCGCCCAGUCUCUGCUGGAUGCUCGGUGUGACCUCAACGCUGUCAACGUUCACGGUGACUCACCGCUUCAUGUCGCUGCCAGAGAGAACCACCUGGAGUGUGUGAUGUUGUUUCUGUCUCGUGGAGCCGAUGUCAAUCACAGGAACAAGGAGGGAGAGACGGUUCGAGACUGCAGCACCUUCGGCUCCAAGGUGUGGACGGCGCUUAACACCAACAAGAAGCUUACUGAUGCCAGGAGAGGCAGGGACUGUCAAGGGGAGAGAGUGCUCAGCAGGGACAUUUCUCGAGGGUACGAGGCCGUUCCUAUCACAUGUGUUAAUGGUGUGGACAGUGAGCCGUGCCCUGAAAACUUUAAAUACAUUCCAGACAACUGUGUGACCUCCCCACUGAACAUAGACAAGGACAUCACUCACUUACAGCACUGCAGCUGUACAGACGACUGCGCAUCCAGUACCUGUGUGUGUGGUCAGCUCAGCCUGCGAUGUUGGUAUGACAGUGAGGGCAGACUACCUCUGGACUUCUGUCAGCGCGAGCCCCCUGUGCUCUUUGAGUGUAACCACGCCUGCUCCUGCUGGAGGAACUGCAGGAACCGAGUUGUCCAGAACGGACUGAGAGUCAGACUGCAGCUCUUCAAGACACAGAAGAUGGGCUGGGGAGUGAAGGCCAUGCAGGAUAUCCCUCAAGGAACAUUCAUUUGCGAGUAUGUCGGUGAGAUCAUCUCUGACUCUGAGGCCGACAAAAGGGAGAAUGACUCUUUCCUCUUCACCCUCGACAACAAGGUGGGAGACGUGCACUGCAUCGAUGCAAGACUCUUUGGCAACAUCGGCCGCUUCAUCAACCAUCUCUGUGAGCCAAACGUGCUGGCUGUGAGGGUGUUCACCAUGCACCAGGAUCUACGCUUCCCCAGGAUAGCCUUCUUCUCCAGCAGGCCCAUUAAAGCUGGAGACCAGAUAGGGUUUGAUUAUGGCGAUCACUACUGGAGGGUGAAGAGCAAGUUCUUCAGCUGCCAUUGUGGGUCGCUCAAGUGUCGCCACUCAGCUGCUAGCAGAUAGAAAGUCACCGUUGACCACGGCUCCCUCUGUCUGUCUGGACAAAUUCUGUGACCUGUCUAAUGUCAGAAACACUGCCUUCUGAACCAGAUCCCAUGUAACAAUCAUGCUUUGAUGAAGUAUGAAGAGGUUUGAUUUAUACAUCUAAUGAUACUUUUCUUUAUAAGGAAGAAUGUAGCGUGGCACCAGCCAGAAGUACUCCAUGAGAGAGUGGGCUGAACUAUUUUUAAAGAGCCAGCAAUCAGGUUAAACAAACCAGGUGUUUUCAACAUUCAUGUGAGUUGUAUUCAUUGAUUAAUGAAGUGAAGUAAUGUUUUUGGUAGUCUGAUCUCAUCUAUGAACGUGCUUUUUACUACAGUACAUGUCUAAUUAGCAAUUAAACACAUUUUAAAUCAUC